AUGGUUAAAUCUACUAUAAUCUACCGUUACGAUGCACUCCCGUUAUGUGGAUCGGUCGACGACAAUAAUGAUCCAGCCUUGAUGGAACAAAAGAAGAAGUGUAAGUUGAUAAUUAGUCGAAUCACUCCUAAUAGUGAACCGCAAGCUACCAUUGAGUCCGGGGCUUUCAACAUUCACUACUUGAUCUCCAAUUCGAUUAUUUAUUUAAGUAUUUGUGAUAAAUCCUAUCCAAGAACAUUAGCAUUUUCAUAUUUAUCAGAAGUAUCCCACGAAUUUCAAAACUCCCACGGUCAAGAGGCAUUGAGCAAUGGUGCAAGACCAUUUGGGUUCAGUUCAUUUGAUAAUUUCUUGAGUAAAACCAAGAAGAUUUACCAAGAUCAAAGAGCUCAAUCGAAUAUUGAUAAAUUGAAUACUGAUCUUGCUGAUGUUAAGAAAGUUAUGACUAAAAAUAUUGAAGACUUAUUAUACAGAGGAGACUCUUUGGAUAAAAUGAGCGAUUUAUCCUCAAGUUUAAGAAACGAUUCUAUCAAAUACCGUAAAAAGGCCCAAAGAAUCAACUUUGAAGCCAUGAUUAGACAAUACAUUCCAGUUGUUGGGGCUGGAUUAUUCUUUGUAUUUUUAGUUUGGUACAUUUUCUUAAGAUCUUAA